UAAAGAGUAAAGAGAGAGAAAUGGGAGAGAAACGGAGUGGAAGUAAGAAAGUGGGAAUGGGGAAGUGGAAGUGGGAAAGUGGGUGUGGGGAAGUGAGUGUGGGGAAGUGGGUGUGGGGAAGUGAGUGUGGGGAAGUGGGUGUGGGUGUGGGGGA